UUCUGUUGUCUUUUGCCUUCCCACAAAGAAAAUGUGAUGCAGUAUUAGACUCUUCAGUUAGGUUGAGCUCAGGUUCAACUUUGGUAUCAGAAGAAAUGUUCCUGAAAGGAAAGUGAAUACAGUUUCAUUUCCAUAUAGAUGACCAUGCAACCUGCAAUUCAAGUAUGGUUUGGAGAAGAUCUGCCUCUAAGUCCACGGAGUCCUCUGACCCCCAGACAUGGACCAGGGUUGGCUGAUGUUUGUCAGUAUGAUGAGUGGAUAGCUGUGAGGCAUGAAGCUACUCUGUUGCCUAUGCAAGAAGAUUUAUCCAUCUGGUUAUCUGGCCUAUUAGAUAUUGAAGUUAAGGCAGAAAGACUAUUGGAAGAACUUGAUAAUGGAGUGCUCUUAUGCCAAUUGAUUGAUGUUCUUCAAAAUAUGGUGAAGACAUGCAAUGCUGAAGAACCAGGGAAUUUUCCAAUGAGAAAAGUGCCUUGUAAGAAAGAUGCUGCUUCAGGUUCAUUCUUUGCCAGAGACAAUACUGCCAAUUUCCUUCACUGGUGUAGGGACAUUGGGGUUGAUGACACUUACCUCUUUGAAUCUGAAGGUUUAGUUUUACACAAAGAUCCAAGACAGGUAUAUCUUUGUCUUCUUGAAAUCGGCCGCAUCGUGUCGAGAUAUGGGGUUGAGCCACCAGUCUUAGUAAAACUUGAGAAAGAAAUUGAGUUAGAAGAGACCUUGCUUAAUACCUCUGGACCUGAAGAUUCUAUCAGCAUUCCAAAAUCAUGCUGUCAGCAUGAAGAGCUACAUGAAGCUGUUAAACAUAUUGCUGAAGACCCUCCUUGUAGUUGUUCUCAUCGAUUUUCUAUUGAGUACUUAUCCGAAGGACGAUAUCGACUAGGGGAUAAAAUACUCUUCAUAAGGAUGCUUCAUGGAAAACAUGUCAUGGUCCGUGUUGGCGGAGGCUGGGAUACUCUUCAAGGAUUUUUGCUUAAAUAUGAUCCGUGUCGAACAUUACAGUUUGCUACACUAGAACAAAAAAUUCUAGCAUUCCAAAAAGGAGUUUCUAAUGAAAAUGUACCUGAUUCAUCCAGCAGAACACCUCAGCUUCCUGAAAUGAAUCCUUUGUCAGCAGUUAACAUGUUUCAGAAACAAAACUUAAAGCCUAGCACACCAGUUGGUAUUCCAAGGAGCAAGGAAAAGCAGGUACACCCAACAGGUGUGUUGCUGCCUGCUUCUUCAUUAAAAGGUAAUACAGGCUCCAUGUCAGUCCGUUCAAAAUUUCCAGAUUCUCCAGCAGCAUCUUCUCAUCUCAAGCUCAAGUCUUCAAAGGGUGUAACCAAGAAACCACUUGCUCCUUCAAAUGAUGUUUCAUCUUCCCUCACUUCUUUAAGUCCUGUUGGUAAAAACACUUCUUCACCACCUUUAUCAAGAACUGGAACUUGUGCAUCUCAGUCACUGAGAAAAUGUGUCACAUCCCCCAAUACUCUUAAGGUCAAGGCUCUUCCAGGCCAGAAAUCUAGAGAUAUGCUUGAGCCUAAGCAUUUGCCAAAUAAGUGUUCUGGAAAAACUGAAUCAAGGAACUUGAAACAAAAUCACAUUUCUUCCAGGGGUGAUGCAUUAUUUCACUCAACUGCACCUGUAAGUUCAUCAAAGUGUCCAAAGUUACCAAAAGCAAAUAUACAGGUAAGGCCUAAACCUUCUCCUCCUUUCCAGUCUCCUAGAAAAAUGGCAAAACCCAUUUCUAAAACCACAGCUACAGGUCUAGGAACACAGUCUCAAGCGUCUGAAGGAAGCCCACAAGCGGGGGCAAUCCCAGCACAGAAACUUAAAUCUGCCUUGAAUUUGAAUCAACCAGUUUCUGUAUCCUCAGUUUGUCCUGCAAAGGCUGCACAGGAAUUGAAAGAUAAGAAUAUAGUUCCAGGUGCCAAAAAGCAGCCUCAGAAUAAAACUACAUGCCAGAAGACAGGAUCCAGCUCCUCAAAGUCUCCUGGUCGUACCCCACUGUCCAUUGUGAGUGUUCCCCAGUCUGCUGCCAAAUCACAAACUACACCAAAGUCAGCACACCCUGCCCCCAAGGGCCAGUAUUCAGCUAAAGGGCCUCCAAAGAGUGGCAAAACCCAAGCUUCAACCAGGAAACCACUCUCAUCUGACAAGGGAACAGAUAGUGGAGGGAAAAAACCUACUGCAAAGAAAAAGGAGGAUGAUGACCAUUAUUUUGUUAUGACUGGAAGUAAAAAACCUAGAAAAUAAAUACAUGUGGGUCACUUUAAGAAAUCAGGGGAAAGGAGCAGAAUGAAUGAGUUAGAUUCAAGUCUUAAGGUUUUUCCUGUUUGUGUUUGUCCAAAUGGGUGCGGACAUUAAAUAUAAGAAGAUAGGGGAUGGAGGUGGAGGCUGGGAUGAGGAGAGGGCUCAUCAGAAGUCACAUGUCUGAAUUCAGCAGCUAUCCUUCUGAGGCAAACGGUUGUAGAUACACCAAAGGGUUCUUACUAUUAAUAGACAUACAUGUAAUUUUCAAACCACAGCAUCUUGUUAAUGUCUGCCCUUUAAGGGAAAUGUAAAAGUCAAAUAACACUACUAGAAUUAUAACUAUAGUUGUUAUAUUUUUGAAUGGGUUUUAAAUAUGGAGGUUUUAUACCUGUUAAUGGCACUACUUGUGCUUACAUUAAGGAGUUUUUAUAGUUUAGUAAAAAAGUAAUGAUUUAGCACUUGUCCUACAAAAGGCACCUAAUUUAAUUUCCUCAUCAGGAUUGCCUGAUCCAGUAAUUCUAAGUACCAAUGGCUGCUGCUGAUAAGUGUGGCGUUACUCUGGGUUAGGUAGAAUUCUUAUUAUUUAAAUAUUUUCAAAUUUUCUAAAUCAGAAGUAACUGAUUUUUUUUAACCUGGCUUAUAUUAGUGAUGAUGUUUUAUUACCAGUAGUUUUGGUUUAAAACAAAGUAGCUUAUUGAAACAUAAGCAAAUUUAGUAAAAAUAAGAUUUUACAUACAUCAUCUGUAAAAAUUUAGAUACUUUAUAAUUUUAGAUGGAUGUUGUGCAAUGUUACAGCAGAAACGGAUUUAUUAGCUUUUAUCAUUGAAGAUAUUUUAAAUGUAAUGUCCUAUGAAAGCAGAUAUGAAUUUUUACAUUAAAAUAAUGUUUAACAUCAGAAUUAUGUUUUAACCAUCUAAAGAUCUUAUGAAAAGAAUUUUAGAAUGAUGCUGUAUACAAAUUCUGUCAAAUGUUAUUUCUUUUGAUAGCAUAACCAGUUUUAAUUAGAUUCUUCCAAUUCUGUUAAUUUUCUUUAAUAAAACUGCGGCGUACAGCACGUAUGCUGCACUUUGUGCUCUAGGCAGAUACUUUCAAGAAACUACCCGGAUUCUGUAUGAGUGCAUAGACUCAGGCACCCAAGGUGAUAGUGGUAAAUAAUUUAUUUAAGGAGUGUGACUAUUUAAAAAUUAUUGACAUGCUUUGAAAAAUUGUAAGGGCAUUUUUAAUAACUUUGUAGUAUUAUCACAGCAUUUAUGUUCAGUAUUGAGAUUCGUAUUUCUCUAUUGCUUUAAGUUCAAAUAUAUUUUCUUAAGAACAAAAUAGUCUACACAAAUGUACAAUCACAGAAUAAGUAUUUAAAUUGGUUACUAAUAUUCUAUAGGUUAUAACGUAAUAAAAUUUUCUAUAAAAAUAAGUAACCUUUUGCCUGGGGAACACAGUUAAUACAGAAGUCAGGUUAGUUUUUGGAAUAAUUAAUGAUUUUCUUAAAAGAGACAGCCACCAAAUAUUUAGUUUAGUUCUUCUGUUCUGGACAUUGAAAGAGAUAAUAUUUACAUCCUUGGGGAGUGAAGUCAAUGUUCAAGAGCGCCAGAAAGUUUAUGUUUUUAGUAAUACGAAAUAUUUAAUGCAUUUUUCAAAGAGUAAGAAUUUUACCUGCACAGAAUUUUUUCCCACAUAAGCCAGACAAUGCUUCUUUUAGAACUGGGUGGUGGGUGGGAGUAAGUAGUAUUAUGACCAGUUCAGUCUGUGAACCAAGUAGGUUUUACAAUCAUGUAAACAUUAACUUUUGUGUUGAGAAGAAUCAAAAAUAACAGUAUCCUAGGAGCACCUGACACAAAUUCCAGAAUUAACCAAAGAAUUGUUUAUUUUAAAAAUCGGAAAUCAAUUUAUAAAUAUAUUCUUCAGCAAUGGGGAAUUUCUCUAGUUAUAUUUAUGUUGGAUGAUUUUAUACUUAUAUAUAGCCUUCCUUUCCAAAAUAAAUGAGAAAAUAAUACCUGAAAGACAACUAAUUUCUUCAAAUGUAUUUUGAAGUUCUAGAGAACUGUGUUUCUAAUCACUUUCACAAUUUUUAAAAUGGUUUUCAUAUUGUUGAAGUUGGAAUGAAGUUUCCAUUUCUUCUUAAUAUUAGUGCAAGACUUUAUAAGUUCUUUUUGUAUUUAAUAUUUAAUAAAUGAGUAUUAAACUUAAGUUUCUUAAAAACCUGGAAGAAGAAACAAUGUGUGCUUUCUUUGAAAAAAUGAAAUAAGUUUUUGUUUUUUUCUUGCUGUAAUUUGUUAAUAAGACUAAUAUAUAAAACUUAAGAGGAAAAUGAAAUGCUGGUUAUUUUUAUAUUUUUGGGCUUCAAGUAAGUGUUUAAAGCUAAUAUCUUCAAAAUGCCUUAAACAAUUAGAUGAAUUUGAACUUUCCUCUCCAUACUGAGUCUACAGUUUUUAAUGGAUAAGGAAUUAUUUGAGGAAAAAACUACUGUUCCUUUUCCUGCCUUUCAUCUUGGUCUGACUUAGUAUCUGUUACUUCUUUAAAAAGCUCAGUAACAGAUUUUUAUGAUAUAUUCUUACAUCUAGGUUCAUUUACUGACUCCAUGGGACUCCAGAUUUACAUAUAUUCUUUUCUUGUGCCUGCAAUAUUUGUAUUUGAUUUUAAUUUAUGUUUUUCUUAAGUAUUAAAAUUUAAACAUAAUACAAGAUCUCAAUUUGCUUUUUUCUGAUAUAUGCUGAAUACAUUCUAAUCACUUGAUUCAUGUGGGAAGUUGCAUUACAUGAAGCAUUCAUAAUUUGAGAAUAGUUUAGUUCUUUUGCUAUUUAAAAUGCCCUUUUUAUACCUGUAGAAUGUGUUUUAUUGUUCCUAGGAGUUUAUAAGGUGUCACCAUUAAGCAACAGUAUUUGUUCCCCAAAUUCCUGUAUCUGCUAGAAGUUUGCUGCAAAAAGACCAGACUCAUAUUUAAUAAUCUUUGAGAUAAUAGAAGUAAUUUAUUGUAUUAAAGUUAAAUUCUUUAGGUCACACUUGCAUUGUAUUCACAGAAGUCUUCUGAUAAUGGAAAUUUCAAAAUUCCCAAGCCUGUUCUAAUUUCACACUUUUGUACAGUGAAACUAUUCUGGAAAUAGUCAUCUUUUUCCUAUAUUCAAAACCAGAACAAUUAUAAAAAGCAGUUAAUUUAAUAUGUAUUUCCUGUCAUUUUUCCAAGAAGAAAACACAACUCACACAGAAUUUUCAUGUUUUCCUAACCUUUUGUGAAUAUAAAUAUUUUAAAUUUAAAUUCAUUUUAUAAAAUUUUGGGAGAAUAUUAGAAAAUAUUAAAGCAUUUUCCAGUAAAUUUGAAAAUACAAAAACUCAUGUUAUUAAAUUGUUACACAGUAACACAAUAAAUGUACUGUUUUGUUCUUGUAGAAAAACAAAAGAUAAUCCUGAUGAAAUAAUACAUCUUAAAGAUUAUAAGCAAUUUAAUCAUAAACAUAUUAUUAAUCUUGGUAUAACCAUAAAAUACCAUAGUCAUUGAAAAUGAUAUAGAUGUUGAUUUAUUUUAAAGUAGUCCAUGUGGAGAUGAAAGUAAAUUGUUUUGAACAACUGCAUUGAUAAACUGUUAAUACAUAAUAGUUCUAAUUUUCUGCCUUUGGCCAGGGAUAGCACACUACCUGUUAGAGGAUAUGGUCUCCAUAGUGUUAUCUGUUAUAAUUAGCCUCUUGUGGCUAGUCUCUUAGGUUUUUAUAAAAUACAUUUUAUUGAAAAUUACCAGUUUUCUUAAAUUACCUUAAAUUGUUUCACAAAUUAUUAUAUAGAAAUGAGCAAAUAAAAUGAAUGAAUCCAGUAGUCAGCUGUGGCAGUGUUGAAAUGCUUCUGCCUCUACUCAAAUUGUUUAGUAAUACCUGCUUAGUGUGGAGGAUGCUAUGUUAUUUUCGACAAGAAUACCAAGAUAAUUUUCAAUUUAGUGACAUAGAUAUUAUCUUUGUUUGAAUAUAAGCAUCAUGAAGGCAGGAUUUAGUUCCCAGGGUCUAAACUAAUGCCUGUCACAUAAUAGGUAUUCAGUAAUUAUUUAUUAGUGGAGAAACUAAGCCUCAGGAGACUGACAGUAAACACAAAAAAUACCUACUGGAAUUGAUUAAUUAAAUCUUGGUAACUUUGCUUAUACUUUCCCAUAAAUUGUUUAGUUGUUCUUCAUGUUAAUGUGAUUCAGAAAAUUGAAUUUAUUUGACAUUUCCAAAAAAAACCCCUGUAAUAUCAUUUCCUAUUUUUUAAUUAUUUCUUAGAAAAAUCUUGAUUUGUUUUUAAAUUACCCUUUAUUAAAUAUUGUAAAUGUGAAGAUUUAGAGAUUAAUUAAAAACAUAAGAACUUAUAUUUUUAGUUUACUUGGUAGUCAUAAAGCACCUCACAGUGUUUAAUGGAUUAUUCUUGGAACAAUGAAUAAUUGCACUCAAUCCUUAGAACAGUACAAUAAAAUAAAUUUCAUGACAAUGCAAUAGAAUAGAUGUUGGUAAAAGAUAAUGCAGGUGACCUUAGAACUUUCUCUUUAAAAAAAAUGUUUAAAAAUGAUUGUCCUCUGAGCCAGCAAGUUUCAUAGACUUUUUCCAAAGGGAAUAAAUUAAAAUUUCCCCACAGCCUUGAGAAUGUGAUACAAAGUUAUGUUAUGUAGAUCCCUUUAAUAAUUCAUUGCACCAUGCUGUGUUCAGGAAUCCAAUAAAUAAUUGUUGAAGAAUAGACCAAACUGUGGUAUAUAUUGAAAGAGGAGUAGAACAUGACAUUUUCAAUUUUUUUGUAAUUCCAAGCAUUGAAAUAAAUUGGAGGCAAGUGUCUUCAAACUGCUAUUUGCAGUAGUUUUCUGUUUACCUCAAGCAUCAGCAAAAGCAUUUUUUGAAGUUUAUGAAGCUUCAGGACUCCUUACAGGUUAAAAAAUAAAAAUCAACCCUGCUGAGAAUUACAGUCUUUGAAAUCUAUGAGACUCAAAGGGCAAGUUUAGAGAGAUAAUAGUUUGGAGGCUUAAGAGGAUAUUCCAGCAGGAGAUGGGAGCUAGGUGCUGUUCCUUUGACUUUACCCACUCCUCCUCCGGAUCUUAUCACCUAGCUCACAGUUAUCCUUUGUAUCUCAGCUUAAAUAUCACUUAAAAGUUUCCGGAUCCUCCAAACCUGGAGUGUACUUUCUUCCUGCCUCCAGUGUACUUUCUUCCUGCCUUACAUUUUUUCUGUCAUUGCCUUGAUUCUAGAAUAACAUAUUCUAACACUAGAAUAACAUAUUAGCUUAUCCACAUCUCCCACCAAACCUUGAGUGGAAACUGUUUCACUGACUUUCAUCUUCAUCUCCUAUAUUCAGAUGGUGCCUAAGUGUUUAUGGAAGUCAGGAGGGAAGGAAAUACCUUUUCACGGAAAGAAAUAAGCCCUUAGUACAUGUAAAGUGAACCUCUAGCUUAGUUGUGUUUACUCACCUACAGUGCACGGAUUUUUUUUUCUGAGAAGAUGUCAUGAUAAAAUUUGAAAAAGCUUAUUUUCAGAGAGGAGAAGAAAAGAGGGCAUUAAUAAGAGAAGCCUUGAAGUUAUGGAUUUGUUCACUCAUGUACAUUAAUACUAGAGGUUGUAACGCAGAGGAAAAAGUUAUACUCCAUGUAUGUAAAAUAUCAAAAUACACUCUACUGUCAUGUGUAUCUA